AUGCGCGCCUCUCUCUUUUGCACGCUGCUGGCGGCGACGACGACGGCCUUUGGCGCGAAAAGCCACCGCCGUCCGAGGAACUACGAGACCCAUGAUUUCUACGCGCUCGAGCUCGACGCCUCCUCUCCGCCUGCCGAAGUCGCUGCCGCGCUGGGGCUGGAAUAUGAGGGCGAGUUUGGCGAGCUGCAAGGCCACCAUGUCUUCAGCGCUGCCAAGCAUGACCGCGACAUGGUCGGCGACGCCAUGCAGGAGCUGAAACGGCGGAAACGGGGGUUGGGUGGCCCUUCGGCCUUGGACGGCAUACGCUUUCAUCAGAAGCAGGUGGCUAGGAAGCGCUUGGUGAAGAGGAUACCUUUCCCAGCGCCUGCCGACAAGACUGGCCCGGUCGCCCGCGCGCAAACGGCCACUUCGGAGGUUGCCGCUCUCAAGCAACAAAACCUCAUCAAAACGCUGGGCAUAAAUGACCCCAUAUUCCCGGAUCAGUGGCAUCUGUUGAACACAGAGGAAGUUGGAAACGACCUGAACGUAACUGGACUAUGGUUGGAAGGUAUAACUGGAAAGGGCGUUGGCGUUUGCAUCGUCGAUGAUGGACUGGACAUGUACAGCGAUGAUCUGAAGGAUAACUACUUCGCCAAGGGAUCUUACGACUUCAACGACAUUGGCCCGGAGCCGAAACCGAGGUUGAGUGACGAUAAACAUGGCACGAGAUGCGCGGGUGAGGUCGCGGCCGGCAAGAACAAUGCUUGCGGCGUUGGUGUCGCUUGGGAUUCAAGGAUCUCCGGUGUCCGGAUUCUCUCCGGACCCCUUACGGACGAGCAUGAGGCCGAGUCCAUGAACUUUGCCAUGAACGAGGGCAACGACAUCUACUCCUGUUCCUGGGGCCCGGCGGAUGACGGCCAAUCUAUGGACGCGCCGGGCAUCCUAAUCAAAAGGGCCAUGGUCAACGGCGUUCAAAACGGCCGGGGCGGUAAAGGCUCGAUCUAUGUGUUUGCGGCAGGCAACGGCGCCGCGGCCGGCGACAAUUGCAACUUUGAUGGAUACACGAACAGCAUUUACAGCGUUACGGUCGGUGCCAUCGAAAAGUCGAAUGAACACCCUUACUACUCUGAAAAGUGCUCGGCGCAGCUAGUGGUUACGUACAGCAGUGGCCGUUCUGAGUCCAUCCAUACAACUGAUGUUGGCACCAAUGUCUGCAGCAACAAUCAUGGUGGAACUUCUGCCGCUGGUCCUUUGGGAGCUGGUAUUUACGCUCUGGCGCUCCAGGCUCGUCCGGAGCUGACGUGGCGGGAUAUUCAAUGGCUCACCGUCAACACGGCCGUGCAGUUCGAUCAGGCUAGCGACUGGCAGGAUACUCCCUAUGGCAGAAAGUUCAGCCAUCAGUUUGGUUACGGCAAGCUCGAUGCGUUCGCGUUCGUUCAGGCAGCCAAGACGUGGGAUCUGGUCAAGCCGCAGGCUUGGUUCUUCUCGCCUUGGAUGCACGUCAAGACGCCUAUCCCACAGGGUGACAAGGGCCUGGUUAGCCGUUUUGACGUGACCGAGGAAGCUUUGAAAAAGGCCAACUUUGAAAGGAUCGAGCACGUCACCGUCACCAUGAACGUCGAGCAUACGCGCCGAGGCGAUCUCAGUGUCGAGUUGCGUAGCCCCAGUGGGAUCGUCAGCCAUCUCUCCGUGCCCCGUCACCGCGAUUCCGAGCCGGCCGGCUACGUCGACUGGACCUUCAUGUCGGUCGCGCACUGGGGAGAAUCCGGCGUCGGCACAUGGACCGUCAUCGUCAAAGACACGGUCGAGAACGAAUACACGGGCACCUUUACGGACUGGAAGUUGCGCCUCUGGGGCGAGUGCAAGGACGCCGCCAGCCAGCAGCUGCUGCCCAUGCCGACGGAACACGACGACGAUGAUCACGAUGUCAUCGUUGUCGAUCCGCACACGACGUCAAUCUCCGUCCCAACCGCCACCGGCUCGCCCGAAGGCAACCCAUCGGAUCACCCUGACCGCCCCGUCAAGCCCAAGCCAACAGCCUCGGGCGCGGCUGUCAUACCCUCGAAGCCCGGCAGCACAGGCAAGCCCGUGCAGACAGCGCCCGUAAUCGGCAACCCGUCAGAGGAAGAAGAAGCGCAGGCAUCAGCGUCAGCGACGCCAGGCGAGAACUUCCUGCCCUCACCCUUCCCUACCUUCGGCGUGAGCAAGCGCACCCAAGGCUGGAUCUACGCAUCCCUGGGGUUAAUCCUGGCCUUCUGCGGCAGCCUAGCCGUGUACUUCUGGUGGGCGCGGCGCAAGCGGUUGCGCAGCAACCCGCGCAGCGAGUACGAGUUCGAGCUCGUGGACGACGGGGGCGACGAGCCGCUGACGGGCGGCGCGGCGGGCGGCCGCAAGGGCAAGCGCCGCGCCGGCGAGCUGUACGAUGCGUUUGCGGGCGAGAGCGACGAGGACCUCUUCUCGGAUGACGACGACGACGAUGCCCAUGCCGCGGCGGUUGGCGGCGCGUAUAGGGAUCAUGGCCGCUAUGACGAGGAUGACGAGGACGCCUUCGAUGAGAAGAGCGGCUUGAGGCAGGGCAUGCAGGGCGGCGGCGGCGGUGGCGCGGCGCGGUAA